AUGAAAGGGCUCACGACCAUCUCCGAAAAUGUGGCCCACAAAUGGCUCGACACCAACGGCAACCAAUGCCCCAGGGCGUCGAUUUCGUUUAUUGAGAUGUCCGCCACGCCAGCGGACACGGGGACCAAGGCCGAGAUCAGGACCGUACUUUCCAGACAUUGGCGUACGCUGGACAGAGCGCGCCUGAACAUCUUCCAUGUCUGGAUCCUCGUCUACACAAUUGCCCACCUUUUCGCCAUCUACUCAUUCAAAGAAAAGGAGGAGACUACAAAGUACGUAUGUCUUGGGGUGUCCAUCAUCUUUCUCCUCUACUGUACCCUGGCCUUUUUGACGGUGCGUCUACGGGAAUUGGAUGGAAAUCGCAUGUUUCUCGUGUCCCUCAUCUCUUCAAUGCUUUUUCCGGUAGCCAUCUGGGUUAUUUAUCUUCCAUAUCUAGUCCAUGAAAUCAACCACGGGCGGGUACCCGAGCACUCAGCGCUCUUUGUGUCGUUAUGCAUUGCGACAUUAUAUCAGCAUUUAAUCCUGCCGCGUCGCCGUCGUCUUUUUUUGAUCCUAUGUCUCUCGUGGAAUUUCGUCAAUAUGGUCUUGCUGAUCAGCAUCAAUUUCUCGAAUCUGAAGCGCAAGGCAGCGUUGUUGAAUUCGAUCUUCUCAUUCUCAAUCCACCAAGCCCUACUCUCGGCAGUCGGCAUAAUUUGCGACGCAAACGAGGCUGGAAAUCGAGUGGAUAUCGCGAAUAAGCUGGCUGAAGCUGUGUACAGGAGAACGGAACUGGAGACGCUCAAGGAGCGCCAGGAUCAACUCCUGCUCUCCGUAAUUCCUGCCUAUUUGGCGGACAAAGUUAGUAAGGGGAUUGUUGCGUCAUCAUCGCAGUCAAAAGUCACCAGUGAAAACCGCAUCCGUGGCCACAAACUUUUCCACGAGCUCCACGUGCAAGUCCACGACAAUGUCAGCAUCCUUUUUGCCGACAUCGUCAACUUCACCGUCUUGGCCGCUCAAUUAAGCGCAAAGGAUCUGGUCCGAACCUUAAACGAACUCUACAGUAAAUUCGAUAAGGAUGCGCAGAAACUGCAAUGUAUGAGAAUAAAAUUUUUGGGCGAUUGUUAUUAUUGCGUGUCUGGAAUGCCGGUGAAUCGGCCAAAUCACGCAGAUAUGUGUGUCGUAAUGGGUUUGGAAAUGAUCAAUACAAUCAAACAAAUCCGACAUGCCACUGGGGUCGAUGUCAACAUGCGCAUUGGCGUCCACACUGGCUCCGUAUUGUGUGGAAUACUUGGAUUACGUAAGUGGCAAUUUGACGUCUGGAGUGAUGACGUCACUCUAGCAAAUCAUAUGGAAAGUGCUGGAGUUCCAGGCGCUGUCCACAUUACAAAAACCACAAAAGAUAUGCUGCUCGGGGAUUAUUGUAUCGUCGAUGCAAACUCUGACGACCCACACAUUCUUGCACAUGGUGAGCCAACAUACCACAUUCUUCCCGACAAAACUACCGUAAUCGAGCGGACUGCCAGUAUCUACAGAAAUAAGCGUCGCGCCAUGGAUAUGUCUGUAGAAGAAAACGGCACUACCAAUGGUCUCUCGCCAAGUUCAGCCGUCAACUCAAGGAUAAGCAUGAAAAGCAAGGUCUCGAAAAUGGUGGAAUUCUGGGGUGCCGAGAUGCCGUUCGCGAAUUUGGCGCGAAAGAGGAGCGUGCUGGGUGAAAAGAAUGAGAACUGUGAUGCUCCUCGACGGCCCCAUUAUUCGAACACCGUGCAGAGCAUGACGUUGAUCGAAAAUAAUUUGACCAAUUUUUCGCUUAAUAAUUUCACAAAUAUGUUCAGCUGUAAAGGAGCAAAAGUGGUCCCACCUCCAUAUCUUCUAUGGCCCUUUAGCACCCGCUCAAUAAUGUGUCAUUUUUCGGAUUGUACGCUAUUUUUAUUGAUUUCAUUGCCGGUUGGGUUGGCAAAUAUGUUGACGAUCAGGCAACAUUGCCCGGAGGAUACCCAGAUUCUAAUGGGAUUAUUGCUUUUCGUCUCAUCGCUUGGGUUAUGCUUUUUGGCAGUUAUCGAUCGACUCUGCCCAUUCGCGCAUCAUCUACUCGCCUCUACAUCAUUCCUCAUUUCUACUUUAAUCACGAUUGGUCCGCAUUUCAUUUUGUCAACGCGUAGCGACCCGGAACAAGAAUCGUUUUCUUCUUUGAUCUGGUUGCCAGCCUGCAUCACCCAUCUGGCUUCGGUAUUUAUGCUAUACCGACUGCCGUACUCCUACCGUUGCUUCUUGUUCUCGCUCAGCUUUGGGCUAUUCCAAAUCCUCCUUUCGAUGUUUCCGGUCUACAACAAGAAACGGGACGAUAAGGAAAAAUUGAGCUACCAACUAACGGUCAUCAUUUUCAACUUGGCUGCUGGGGUUCUAUUGCUGUUAUUUGUCGACUGGAUCACAAACUAUGAAAGAAAAGCCGAAUCGGCCUGUCACGUAUCUUUUGAAAACGAGGAAAAGGAUGUGGAAACUAUGCAGGAUAUUAAUAAGAUCUUAAUUGAAAAUAUUUUGCCGAGUUCUGUGGCCGCAAAGUUUUUGGCUCCGGAUCGUUGUGUGGAAGAGUUGUACGCGAGAGUACAUGAAAACGUUUGCGUCAUGUUUGCAUCUAUACCGAAUUUUAAGGACUUUUGGAGCCAAUGGGAUACCAGCCGAAAAUUGGAAUGUCUGAGGUUGCUAAACGAGAUUGUAUGCGAAUUUGAUAAGUUACUCUCCAAACCAAAAUUCUCAAGCGUCGAAAAGAUUAAAACUGUUGGGAGUACAUAUAUGGCCGCCGCCGGGCUAAAUGAAGAACUCGAAGAUAUGCCAUUUGAUGGGAAUGAUACAAUGCUAAAGCGACGGAUGGAAAAUGCGGCAUUCCGAAAUGCUACCGUAAUGAUCGAAUUUGCGAUGGCGAUGGCGCAGCUCUUGGAAGUUCUUAAUCGUGAUUCUUUCCAGAAUUUUGAGCUGAGAAUCGGAAUGUCAGUUGGAACCCUAGUAGCCGGAGUUAUUGGGGCCCAAAAGCCACAGUACGACAUCUGGGGAAAUACGGUAAAUUUGGCAAGCCGGAUGGACACGCAUGGAGAGCCCAGAAAAAUUCAUGUGACAACCGAGAUGGGCCAACUGCUAAAACGUGCCGGUUUUCGUGUCCAAUCCCGCGGAAAAAUCAAGGUCAAAGGCGUGAAGGAACCUAUGGAGACGUUCUUCAUGGACAUCGACUCAAAGCGCAGCUCAAGCGUUAGCCAGAAUUCACCAGCCGGCCCCGGAAAUACAUCAGCCGGAACGAAAACCACUUUACAAGUCCUU